AUGGACCGCUCUGAUUCCUGGCCGGUGGCCCAGGCCCCGCCCGACACCGAGGCCGGGUCCGGCAUCGACAUCGGCGACCUGGGGGAGACGCUGUCAUUCCUGCGGUGCUUCGACACCAUCUUCCUGGUCGACGACUCUGCGGCGAUGGGCCCCUACUGGGCCGACGUCAAGGCGCUCCUGGAGCGCAUCACGCCCAUAUGCGCCAAGUACGACCCGGACGGGAUCGACCUGUUCUUCCUGAACCACCGGCCCAAGGGCCUGCUGUCGAGCAUGUCUUUCCGCAAGUCCGGGUACCGCCGCAUCGGCGGCAACACGGCCGACACGGUGGCGGGCGUCUUCGACCGGGUCAAGCCCAGCGGCAAGUGCAACAUGGGCGCGCGCCUCACCAAGCUGUUCCACUGGUACCACGGCAUGCUGAAGCAGGACGAGGAGGGCGCCGCCCUCAACCUGAUCGUCAUCACGGCGGGGGCCUUUGAUGACGACAUCAAGGCCCCGCUGGUCCACGUCGCCAAGAGCCUGGACGAGAUGGGCGUCCCCGAGCACCAGGUCGGCGUCCAGCUCUUCCAGAUCGGCAAGCCCACCCUCGAGGUCGCCCAGACCUUCGAGUACCUGGACGACCAGCUCCACAAGGAGGCUCACACCAGGGACAUCGUCGACACCACCACGUGGACGGGCAAGCCGGGGUCGUUGUCCACGGAUGACCUGCUCAAGGUCGUGCUGGGCGCCGUGGUCAAGAAGCUGGACGAGCGCAGCAAGGGCAUGGAGCUCAACAGCGCCGCGCCUGCGAAGCGCUACGACGGGGAUGGUUACUGA